AUGGAAUGGUCACACUCGCUGUGUGUUGUCUGUGGUGCCAAGAUUCCAUAUCAUAGUCCGAAGGUAUCCUGGCAAAGGGACUUCCGCGCAGUGAGAUGUGAUCGAAACUCUGGGCUAGAGGGGAGGCCGUUCUUGACUGGGGUAGGUGGCUACGUGCCGCUAGCGAUAAUACCUGACUGCGCCGCACCGUCCGCAGUUGAGAGGCGAUGGAGCGACGAAGGCCUUGAGUUGUCUGCGGAAGAUGCCUUCCCUCCUCUCGUUGGAGAGCGACUGCGCCCACAGCCUGGAUUUCUCUUCCACGAGGUCUGCUGGGACCUGUUGAUAACUCGGUUAGCGCCCCGAUCUGUUCCCAUCGAGCGGCUCUACGAUAUCUUACUUUCAUGUCCGGCAAACAGAAAGGGAUGGUUAGACUGGGGUCACAAUUAUGGCGGGCUCAUGGAUAGAGCUCCUGAGGGAUAUCCGUGGGAGGAUGUCUCCAUUGUGGGCUUUAUUAAACGAUAUCUGGGAGACAAGAACUCACCCUUGUCAUUGGCAACGGCGAACCCUAUAAUUGUUCCCGAGUUGAAGCAGGCUCUUGUGGACUCUCAAAGAACAGAUGUUCCAACGGCACAGGCCUCUUUAAUAGUACCGGUCUUUCAGAACGCGGCGGAUUGCUUUCAGAGACUGCCGCAAGAAGUCCUAGAGCUCAUCCAGGUGCUUCUCCCCUCUCACAGCGUCGCCAAUGCCAGGCUGGCUUCGAGGUCCUUUGCGAGUCUACCUUUCAGUCAGACAUUCUGGGCCUCGAGAUUCGAUUCUCAUCAGGAGCGCGGAUUUUGCUUCGAAGCGACGGAUCCGUCAUACAGCAGCAUCGCUGAGCAGCGCAAUCGAGACUGGAGAAUUCUUUAUGAAAAAACAGGCCUACUGUUGAUGUCUUCCCUUGAGCUGAAGAAUAGAAAACGGGUCUGGGAUCUACUCGAAGACCUGGCGGAUCUUCUUGAAGAACCCUUGAAUAACGAUAGCUUAAUCAGGACGCUGCAGGCCUUCCCAGCAAAGCCAUCUAAAGCAUGGAGACCCGUUGGAGGAGACUUCUCUGCGCAACCUGCGGACCGCUUCCCUUGUGGUGUAAAAUGCAGGGAGAUAUAUGAACAGACAGUCUCAAUCUCAGCACCGAUCCGAGCCAUUAAAAUCUCCUUUCGGCGUCUCAGUGAACAACAGUACAUCUCCGGCAUACGGUUCAUUUUCGAGGACCAUCAGGAAGUCAUUCUCGGCUACACUGUGACGGCAAACGAGAGAAUGCUCGACAUGGGCGCCGGAUGCUACCGAAUAACUGGCUUCAUCACCGCCGUCAGUCCCAGAGGCAUCAUGGCCCUACGCGCUGUGACAGACAAAGGCGACGUCUCAUCCUGGGUGGGAUCCUGGAAAGAGAACCCCCAAACUCUCCGAUUAUGCAUGAAAGAGACCAUUCAUGAAAUAAAAGGUUAUUUCGAUGGCUUCAAAAUGGUCUCCCUAGCCGUUCCGUCGAAUCUCAACCCGCUCUUCCCCUCUGACUCUAGGGGCGAGCACCUCCCGCUCCGUACAACGGGACUCUGGUACCCAGACAUCCCAGCACCUUCUCACCACCUCCACGACGGUACGUUCUCAGGCCGUCAAAUCCCCCUACAUGAAUACCGGCCUCUCGUGCACAUCAUGUUCGGCGGACUCAAGGGCCAUAUGCUGCAAUACCUCACCCGCAUCUCAGUAACAGUUUCGAAGACCGCAAUCGUCGGAAUCGAUUUCUUCUACAACGACGACGCACCCGUCAAAUGUCUCCAGGCUUGCCCGGCAACCGCCACGGGCGACUACACAACUAGGAUCCCCUUCCCCAUUGACGGCCCGGCUGGUGAGCGGUUGACGGGGAUCCAGGCCGAUACGGGUGUCUUCGCGAGUGCGCAGGACUGCAGCAACCCUUACAACUACGGCGCGAUCACGUCUUUGAAGGUAACCACGAACUUCAAGCCUGUUCCCUUCACCUUCCAACCGAGUGCUAUCCUGCAGCUGCGACUCCCUGUGGGUCCAUGCAUCCGCCAAAGAUCCAGAAAGGCGGAGAUAGCUCCUGGGAUGACGUUGACGGGGAUAUACUUCAUGCAUGAUCCAAAAUUCGGGAUGUUAAGUAUGGGAUGUAUUUCUGAAGAUCUCACUGCAAUUGAGAACGGGCUACAGGAGAGUUUAGAGGAUGAGAUAACGUGUCGAAUCAUUGGAUGA